GUAAUUGAAUCCCUAACUCGACUUAGCAUUGUAAUGGAGUACGCCGCUGGAGGUGAUUUGGAGACUCGAAUUCAAAAAAGGGGUGCUUUUACUGAUCCUGAGGGCAAAAUCAUCUUUGCCCAACUUGUUGCAGCUAUCAACGACCGGGGAUCGGAUGUGAAUAGUCCAGUUGGAAUCGGGGGACCCGGACUUGUCAAUUCAGCGUCUUCCUCAACUAACCCAAACAGUCGGCAUUAUUUGGGAACUUCGGGCACAGUCAAUGUCCGCAAUCGUCGAAACCGCUCGAGAAAUCCACUUAGCGAUUGUGAAUGCGAUCCAAAGCAAACAUUGGAAUACUCACUUGAUUUUUAUCGGGUAAAGAUUGGCGAUUUCGGAUUCAGUAAAUCGAUUGAUGGCAUUGACCAACAACUUACAACCUUUUGUGGUUCCCCGCCGUAUGCAGCACCUGAGCUCUUCAGUUCAUCGUCGUAA